AUGGCAAAAGAAUCUUCUUCUAGUCUUAUUCAUAGACUUCAUACAAACGAAAGUCAAUUAAGAACAUUGGCUGUAGUGCUUAGCUUAACAGGUGGUCUUUCGCUCUCUUUUGCAUUGGGUGUGGGUAUUUUGAUUUAUUGGUAUAGUCGAAAAUGUAAACAAAGACGAAACACAAAAAGGCCCUUGACAAGCACAAUUCCAUUUCCUUCACCACCUGUCUCUAGUCUAAUGAUACCAGAACCUUCAGCACCUUCUGCUAAAGAUAUAGAUCAUACACUCUGUCAUGAUUGUUUAAUACCACCACCUGCUUACACACAAACUACGUUUUGA